CUUCUUAUAACGUAACUACGACAUGGUUUGGAAUUGCACUGCGCUUCACAGAAUACUGGACCGGAACUACCUGUCGCCUGCUUAUGGCCUGGAGUUUGCAGUGGGAUUCCCGGCCAACCUGGUGGUGGUCCUGGGCUACAUAUUCUGUCUUCCCAAGUGGCAGAGCUGCAAUAUUUACCUCUUCAACUUGGCCGUCUCGGACAUGAUCUUCCUGUGCACCCUGCUGCGCCUCUCCUGCCUCUACGCCAACGACGAGUCAGAGACCAACCCCGUGGCCUGCAUCCUGAACCGCUACGUGUUGCACGUCAACCUCUACUCCUCCAUCCUCUUCAUGGUGUGGCUCAGCAUGGAUCGAUUCCUCCUCAUCAAACACCCAACCAGAAGGCACUUGCUGCUGCAGCGGAGGACGGCCUUGGUCAUCACCGGACUCAGCUGGCUUGUAGUGAACGUGGAGGUUCUGCCCAUGAUAUCCCUGAUGGUGCAGGAUCUGCAGAGCUGGAACUGGAGUCGCUGCAACGAUUUCGCCAGCUUGCACGGACACAUCAACACUUUUGACUACAGUCUGGGACUCACCUUCACUGGUUACAUUCUUCCCCUGCUGGGCCUUUGUUACUUCUCCCACCAGAUCAAACGUCUCCUCCAAGCUCAGGAACGAGCCGUGCAGCGCAGGAAAGCGUUGUACGCACGUCCUCUUAGGGUUGCGACGUCCGCUGCCGCCAUGUUUUUUAUCAUGUACACCCCGUACCAUGUGAUGAGGAACGUCAGGAUCGCGUUUCCACAGAGCUCCUGCAGUCAGCAACUGUGCCAGGCGUGCGUGGAAGCUGCGUACACCGUGACCCGCCCACUGGCCUUCUUGCACAGCGUCAUCAACCCUGUGUUCUACUUCUUCAUGGGCGACAAGUUCAGGGAGCUCCUCUUGAGCAAGAUCAGAAAGCUGUUCGGGAAGAAAGGUCAGCCAACGAGCUCUGAGAACCUUUGAGGUUCAGAUGAAAAAACGGCGGCCAUCUUAUUCACAAUACAUGCAUGUUUACUUCAGAA